AUGUCCCGAUACGCAGCAGCUCACGCCAACCCUGCCGGCCCGGGAGACGCUCGUCCAACAGCCCUUCAGAUUAUCAAGGAUGAAGGAGCUGAGGGCAAAUUAGUUGGGAAAGUUGUGGUCAUCACAGGCUGUUCCUCUGGAAUAGGGAUCGAGACGGCUCGCGCCCUGUCUCUGACUGGAGCAAAGCUGCUGUUGACGGCAAGAAACCUGGAGAAAGCCAAGACUGCGCUGGAAGGGAUCCUCGAGCCUGGGCGCAUUGAACUUGUUGAGAUGGACAAUACUUCCCUGGAAAGUGUGCGUACCGCCGCGAAAACCAUUCUCAUGAAAUCGAACAACCAAGUCAAUAUCCUUAUCAAUAAUGCCGGUAUCAUGGCGUUGCAAAAGCUGGAGAAGACGAAGGAUGGCUUCGAAAUGCAGUUUGGGGUCAACCACCUCGCCCAUUUUCUGCUCUUCCAGCUCUUGAAGCCAGCCCUCCUUGCCAGCGCCACCCCUGAAUUCUCAUCUCGAGUCGUCAACCUCUCUUCUUCAGCCCACCACGUGGCCGGAAUCAAUGAAUCAGGCAACUACAAUUUCGAGAAGACUGAUUAUAACGAUUUCGUUGCGUAUGGACAGUCAAAGACUGCGAACAUCUAUAUGACCAAUGAGAUCGAGCGGCGGUACGGCUCCCGAGGACUUCACGCGACCAGUGUUCAUCCUGGCAUGAUCACAACGCCACUCAUGCAGCAUAUGGACCCUGAAAUACUUGAGAGUAUGAAGGGCAACAAGGAGUUGUACAAACAGAUGAAGUCGCCAGAGCAGGGCGCUGCGACAACGGUGUGGGCUGCGAUUGGGAAAGAAUGGGAGAAUAAGGGCGGAGAAUAUCUUGCUGAGUGCGGUAGGACAACCCGUGGCAAUGACAAUCACGAGAUCGCGGGCGUAGGGUUUGCAGGUCAUGCUUAUGAUCCCAAGGCAGAGGCUCGCCUUUGGAAGGAUUCGUUGGAAAUGGUGGGGCUCACAGACGAUCAGUAG